GAAAAAGCUAUGUGCAUUUUCUCUUGCAGCUUGAGCUCAGUGACAAUAGAAUCUUUGGAGGUCUGGACAUGUUAGCAGAAAAACUUCCAAAUCUCACACAUCUAAACUUAAGUGGAAAUAAACUGAAAGAUAUCAGCACCUUGGAACCUUUGAAAAAGUUGGAAUGUCUGAAAAGCCUGGAUCUGUUUAACUGUGAGGUUACUAACCUGAAUGACUACCGAGAGAGUGUCUUCAAGCUCCUGCCCCAGCUGACCUACCUGGAUGGCUACGACCGAGAGGAUCAGGAAGCCCCUGACUCAGAUGCUGAAGUGGAUAGUGUGGAUGAAGAAGAGGAAGAUGAAGAAGGAGAAGAUGAGGAGGACGAGGAGGAUGAGGAUGGUGAGGAGGAAGAGUUUGAUGAUGACGAGGAUGAAGAUGAAGACGAAGAUGUAGAAGGAGAAGAGGAUGAAGAUGAAGUCAGUGGGGAGGAAGAAGAAUUUGGACAUGAUGGGGAAGUUGAUGAAGAUGAAGAUGAUGAGGAUGAAGAUGAGGAUGAAGAGGAGGAAGAAAGCGGAAAGGGUGAAAAGAGGAAGAGAGAAACAGAUGAUGAAGGAGAAGAUGAUUAAGACCCCAAAUAACCUGCAAAAAAAGAACUGUUCAGUAUUGGUUGGACUGCUCAUAUGGAUUUGGUAGCUGUUUUUUAAAAAGGUAAGCUGUGAUACAAACCCCAGGACACCUGCCCACCCAAAGAGCCAAAGAAUAGUUCCUGUGACAUUCCACCUUCCUUCAUUUAGUCCCCUUGGAAAUCCACCACCAAGCUUGGGGACUUCACCCCAACAAAAUUGUAAGCGUUGUUAGGUUUUCAUGUAAGACUCGUGCUGUAGCAUGGAUAGCUGGUGAGUCAACUGUCUGUGGCUGCCAGUUACACUGAGAUUGUAACAGCAUUUUUACUUUCUGUACAACAAAGAAGCUUUGUAAAUAAAAUCUUAACAUUUUGGG